UUAAAAUCAUUUUCCCAUCCCACGCAAAAAUUAAUCAACCAUAUUUACAAACAUGAAUAUUUGGCCAUCCGAAAUUCACUGAAGCGUAAACAUUUUAAAUGCAAGUAGAAUUUGGUUUAUUUAUAAACCGGUUUGUAGCGGCUUUGUUCCGGCGCCCGUUCGAGUAAAUCAAAAUGAAGAAAACGCUUGUUUCCCUCAAAAUCCUGCAGUCCUUUUUAAUCUCAGCUGAUACUGAGCACACUCGCAUUAAUCACUUGAAUUCAAAUGCUUGAUAACCGGUUAGUUGACCUGGAUUUCGAUAGUCGGCUCGAUUUCGCGUCGGAAACGCCUGUUGUUUUUUCGAAAAAUGCUCCAACUAGUUCCUCGCUUGGCAUUAAAAUCGGGUGCUCGUUUGUUUUCGCGAAGAAAUCACUUCCUUGAGGUGAGUGAUGAGGUGACUGAGGCAUUGAGGCUCAACAGGCCGGUGGUUGCGCUGGAAUCGACAAUUAUCACUCAUGGGAUGCCGUUUCCUCAAAAUGUUGAGUGCGCUUUGGAGGUGGAGGAGGCGGUUCGAAGCCAGAAUGCGGUUCCAGCAACAAUCGCCCUAGUAAAUGGAGCUGUUAAAGUGGGUCUAUGUAAGAGGGAAAUUGAGAUUUUGGGCGACACGAAGAUUAGCCGCCCAGUGAAAACCUCCCGCAGAGAUUUUCCGUAUGUUCUGAGCAAUAAACUCAACGGCGGCACCACCGUGGCUGGCACCCUGGUUGUUUGCAACCAGGUUGGUAUACGAAUUUUUGCAACUGGAGGGAUUGGUGGUGUCCAUCGCGGAGCAAGCGAAACGUUUGAUAUUUCCGCUGAUUUAACUGAAUUGGGACGUUGUAAUGUUGCGGUUGUUUCCAGCGGCGUUAAAUCGAUCUUGGACAUAGCGAAGACGCUGGAAUACUUGGAAACACAGGGGGUUUUGGUUGCAACCCUUGGCCCAACCGCAGCGUUUCCAGCUUUCUACAGUCGCUUGAGCGCUCACAAAGCCCCAUACUGUGUUGAAACUGCUUCGGCUGCAGCCGAAAUCAUCAAAGCUCACAAAGACAUGCACCUUGAAUCAGGCUUGUUGUUUGGAGUGCCUGUUCCAGAGCCUUAUGCUUUUGAUCCAGAAUCAAUUAACCGAAUUAUCGACGACGCAUUAGUGGAAGCCCAUAAGGCAGGCAUAAGUGGUAAAAACAUCACGCCCUUUCUUUUGGAGCAGAUCGCUGGGAUGUCGGGGGGCAGCUCGUUGAAAACUAAUAUUGCGCUAAUAAAGAACAACGCAAAAACUGCAGCAGAGAUUGCCGUCUGUUUAGCGCAUCUGGAAAGAAACGAAGAAGACACCAAACCAGAGGAGAAGCUGCCCUCGAGCAAACGGCCCGUUAUUAUUGGAGGAUGCAACUUGGACUGCGUGGUUCAUCUGGAAUCCGACGAACUAAAGCUUGAUGGUCGCAUACAUACGGGCCGAUUCGAUUACAGUGCAGGCGGAGUGGGCAGGAAUAUUUGCGAAGCGCUGAGCAAAUUGAACUGCCCCACACACUUAAUAUCGGCUGUAGGAGACGACCACCAAGGCAACAGUUUGCUGAACCACAUCCCGCAAGAGUCUCAUCGAUGUAUUGCCAAACUUUCCGAAGAGAACACAGCUCAAUGCAUAGUAGUGGUGGAUAAGCAAGGAGACUGUCGGUUUCUCAUGGGAGACAUGCACAUUCACGAAAAAAUAUCUCUAUCUAUGGUGGAGACGCACGAGCAACUAAUCAGAGACGCUCCGCUGAUCGUGAUGGAUGGCAAUAUCGGAAUAGACACAAUGGAUAAAGUCUUGGAAAUGGCCCUGAAAUACAAUGUGCCAGUAUUUUACGAGCCGACCGACAUCGGCAUUUCCCGAAAACCCUUUAAAACCGCACACUGGAGGGCCAUCAAAUUCAUAACUCCCAACAUCGGGGAGCUUCAUGAUAUUGCAAAUUGUUUAAAAAUACCUGCAAACUUGUCGACUGAAGCACUAGAUAAAGUUGCAGAAGUUGCUGAAAGCUUGGCCUGCUACAUCGACAAUGUCCUGGUCACUAUGGGUCCAGAAGGUGUUUUAAUAGCCAGAAAAGGGAGUGCUGGGGAUUCUCCUAUGAAAAACGCCAACUUUGCGGAAAAACUUUCAGUGCGUCAUUAUCCAGUGCACGGAAAAACCGAAGUUAUUAAUGUGAGCGGUGCAGGCGACUGUUUUGCCAGUGGCUUCAUUGCAGGGCUGCUGCAGAACUGCUCUGAAAGUCAAUGUGUGUCUGUGGGUUUUGCUGCGGCUGUUGCAGCUCUAAAGUCGCGAACCCCAGUUCCUGAAGCCAUUUUUAAAGGCCAACGUAUAUCAGGAUUAAAGGAAGCUGAAUUUAUAGCUCUGCAUUAAAAAGUGCAGCUGAACUGUAUAUUUGCUAUUUUUGUUUCAUCGUUUUCACUAUUCUUGAAACAUCAUCAUAAUUGAUUCAUCUCGGGUUUUAACUGUUAAAAACUAUUUUAAUUUAAAUUACUAAUAACUGAAUAAUAAAUUCAAGGAAUUGAAAAAGUUAAUUGGCUGAUUUGAUCAGUAAACUCUUUUUUGUGAAUAGUGCAGAAUUUCCUCUAAGUUAUAUUUAAAUAUAUUGUUUGCUUCAGUUGGCAAUUAAGUACAGCAUACAUAACCGAAUGGAGAGCCUAGUUGCCUCGGACUGGUAAGUAAUAACCAUGAUACAAUGGAUACUAAUGAAUGAAUGUAUUCGUUGUAUCAUGAGUAAUAACUACAGUAAUCGGGUCUUUGUCUUACCUUUGGGUUUUUUCUCAAAAUCUGCUGUUCUCAAAUUCAGUUCAUAUUCAAAAAAAAAUUGCUAUCGCGGUUGGAACUGAUCAAAAAAAUAUAGUUAACUUUUCUAGAGAUACAUAGUUUUCAACAAUUAUUAUCUAGAAGCAACAGUCUAAAGACCUUGAAACUUGGACCUUUGUGGGUUGAGAAUAAUCAAUGAAAACCAUGAAUGCUCUAGAGGAGCAAUUGCAGAUAUUUAAAUUGUUCCUGAUAAAGAUCAAAGUUUAGUUUCGUUGCAAUUUGCGAUCGAAGACAAGAAAUUUGUAGUCAAGAAAGUAAAAUUGUUACUUUUCGAGUUCUGCAUUAUGCAAAUCACUGCCAAUUACUGUUUAGAGCUAAGUGGAGUCAGUGGGUUCUACUAGAUGGAAGAUUCUGGUUUUUCACGAGGUUUCAAGUGACUACCUUCCUUGGGAAUGUGACCUUAUUGAAUUUGACCAGCUAAUUAAUGAUAAUUAUACUGACGUUUUUUUGAAUUCCCUAGUUAUUGAUCUGCAUUUAAAUUAUAGGUGGAUAAGAUCAGUUCACUUCAACUGUAGAACUGCCCAAAAAGUUUAUUUAUUACUAUAAUGUGAAUGUGUACAUGAUUUUGUUAUUAUUAUGUACAGGGUGAUGCAAACUUGACGCCCAAGGUCUACUGCCAAAAAGAAAACUGAUAAUAAAAUUAUAAUUCUAGGGUCUCAAAUGUGAUGCUCUAAAGGCCGUGUCCCAUGCGUCCGUUUGAACGAUGAUACGAUCGAAACACUUUCGUACCAUUGUAUCACCGUACAAACGGAUGCAUGGGACACGGCCUUUACUGAAGCUAUUUUACUGAAUUUUAAUUUACUGAAUUUAAUAAGCUUUACUGAAUACUCGCAUCGUCUCUUUAGACGUUUGGGUCAGAGAUAUUUUCAGAGAUUUUUUAACAUAUAUUUGAUUAAGAAAAUAAUUACAAACAUGGUUGAAUAAACUUUAUUUAUAAACUUUCUCUACGAUAUUAAUGGCUCCCCUGAUGUUGAACUUGUGACGUCAAUUUAGUCAAGUCUGGUUUAUAGUUAGUCGAACACCUUCUCCUGUUUUUGCUUAAAAUAAAUUUCAUUUGUGAAAAUUUUUGCAUGUGGACACAUUUAUAAGUGGACCCGAAUGUGGACAAAAUGGCAAAGCCUAUUUUUUUAAAUGAUGAAAACCUUGUAGGAAGUAAUGCCCAACAUGUUGAUAUAAUGAGAAAAUCUUCUGUAUUUUCCAAAUUGUUCGCAAUUUCUUGAAUUUAUCCAUCCAGAAUAUUUAACUUGUAAAAUCAAUCAUUUCUAAACUAAAAUUUAUACAUAUACAAAA